AUGGGCACAAUUCAACACCAUCGCAGGUUCGCUUCUCCUCCUUCGCCAGAAUAAAAAAAAUUCAAUAUUUAUUUCUGAAUUUUUAUGAAAUCAUUUGAAUUCAAGAAACUACUCAGAACUUGUUCCUGAGCUUCUAGGUAAAAAUUUGCGCGUAUGACGUUUUAUUGGAAUGGUUUCUUCUGGUAUACGUCAUGUUAGAGUGCCAAUAGGGCAUUUUUAUAGCCUUUUUGUUCAAUUCAAAGGGUGAAAUUUUUUCGAACUUGCCUUUUCAGACCUUCUAGACUUUCUGUUUUGGCGCAAUUGUUUAAUUUUUCUUAGGAUCUAUAUUUCGAUAUUAUACAUGGAAACGUUUUUUUUAUUUCGGACGUUUUUUUUUUAUUUCGCAUCAUCGUUUUUCAGUUUUAUGGCGUGUUCAUCGGAAACGGAAGCAUGUUCCGUUUCUCCGAUGAACACGCCAUUCAAAAAUUGCGUAGGACAUAUCUUCUCUAAAUUUUAAUUCUCAAAUUUCUCUUUUAUUAAAUUACACUCUUCACUCUUCUCUCACAGUGGGAAAAUUUGAUCAUUAACGAGCAAAUUUUAAGACUGGUCGUUUUUUUUUCAACUUAAGAACGAAUAUUCAAAACUCUCUUGUGAUUACAGAUCUUCCUCAAAAUGGGUUCCUCCUUCAGCUCCAUUACACAAUCCUAUUUCCAUUUUUCGCGGCAGAAGCUCUCGACAGACGGGGUAAAAUCUUACCUUCUUGUUUUCUUUAGUCGACGUUUUAUACGCCAAUUUUUUUGUUGGAAAAUUUUAAUUUAAUGUUAUUGAAACAAAUUAUUUUUUUUUCAAUUGAUGCAAACUAAUAUUUAAAAAAACUCGCUGAAUAUUUCAUGAAAAGUCAAUAAUUUCGCAGAUCUCGAGUAGUACAGCCCAAUCAUAUGUUCGAAGCGCCACGCUAUGAACUGAACAAUUACCGAAAUUUUUCCAACAACGCUAUUUCAACGACAAAGUACUCAUUGCUGACGUUUGUCCCGCUCAACAUCUUCCAUCAAAUAACCACUAAAUAUGCGAAUAUGUACUUCGUCCUGAUAGCGAGUGAGUGGCAAAAGUUAAGGUACAAUUUCAAUUAGCAUUUAUAGUUCUCAACUGGAUUCCUUUUUUCAACGCCUAUACGAAGUAUCUCGGAUUGAUACCUAUUAGUUUUGUGUUAGGGACAACAUUAAUCAAGGUAUAUCAUCUCAAUUAAAAGUCAAAUAGCAAACAAAAGGACGGAGUCGAAGACUUGCGUCGGUGGAAGUUUGACAACAAAGUGAACAAGAAAAGCUGCCACGUUUGGGACAGGUAAAAUUUUUAAUGUAUUUUUCUUUUAAUGAGAUCUUAAGAGAGCGCGGGACAUACAGAAAAAUGGAGUGGCAGCACAUUCUCGUUGGCGAUUUCGUUCACAUUUCCAACGAGCACGACGUGCCAGCCGACAUUCUCUUCUUGAGGUACUUUUUUGAUCUCUUACACCAGAGUUACUCUCACUCGGACUCUUAGCGCUCAAGAUCUUUAGGCCAUUUUUUUUUAAAUUUUAGGGUCUGAGCUGAAAAUUUAACGAUGCGAUGAGAGUAAAAGCGACCAAUACAUAAGAAUUUAUCUUUUAAAAAGACGAAUUAUAGGUGGUGUAAAAAGACCAGCAAAAAAAUUCGAACGGCGACUUUUUCGAUUUUUUUCGUAUCGCUAGGGAAUUUUUUUCGACGGCCACCUUUCGCCGAAAAAUUUUUCCCGACUUUUUUUCCCCUUAUGUUUUCGAUUUAUAAAACAUCUAUUAACAUUUUUUUCCUAUUUCUUCGUGUUUUUAAUCAUGAAUAAACUACCUACUUUAUAUAGAAAGAUUCAAAACGUAAAUUUCAUCGAGAAAAAAAGUUGGGAAAAGAUUCGGCGGAAAAGUGGCUGUCGGAAGUUUCCUAGCGAUAUGAAAAAAUUGGAAAAGUCGCCAUUUGAGUUUUCGCUGGUCUUUUCUUCAUACCACCGAGUUUUAUCAAACAAACUUGAUGGAACAAGGCUUGCUGGCGCUGGCUAAAAAUUAUUUUUUUUCAAACACUUUCUCUCUAUUAUUGUUUCAAUUUUAAUUUAAAAGCCAAAUCCGCUCACUUUUUUAUACGAAAAACUCCUUUUCAAUAAAGUUAUUGCCGUGUUUAAAAAGUUUCCGUAUAAUGCAACAAUUUUCUAUUUGGAAUUCCGCGGAAUCACUUUGAACACGGCAUAUAUAUGUAGCCAAUUAACGGCCAGCUUGUGGUGGUAAGAGGGCGUGGCCUGUCUGCGCUCCACCAGCCAGACACUAUCUAGUUUAUUGUCGUGUCAGGACAGGACCCUUUUUCGAUGGCUCAAGCCAGCUGUAGAGCCCAAAAAUCUCGUUCGGUAUUUGCAAAAUUUCAAUAUACAGUGUGCUAUCACGAUUGUACCAAAUCGGUGUGCUCUCUGUUCUUUUACAAAACAUAUAACAGGUCAUCGAAUGAAAGUGGAACUUGCUACGUGGAGACGAGCAACUUGGACGGCGAAUCCGCUUUGAAACAACGCUGCGUCCCAGCAAAAGUAAUACAAUAUUCGGCGGUAAGCCCUCCUUGUUGAAGGUGUUCGAAAGUAUUUUUUGUUUCAAGGAAGACUCAAAUUUCAAACCGACCGAGUUCAGUGGAGUUGUGACAAGCGAGAAGCCAGACAAGAACAUCUACACGAUUCGCGCCAAAGUAGAAUAUGAACCUGGUCUGUUCUUUUUUAAUUGCCAAGUUUUUUUUUUCCUGAACUGCAAUUUUCAGGCCAGAGCGAUGUUAUUCUUAAAGAUAACAUGUUGCUCCGCGGAAGUCGAGUUAAAAAUACGACUUUUGUUGAAGGAAUUGUCGUAUACGCUGGUCAGUUCUUCUCAAAACUAUAGAUAAGGACCGCAACCUAACUUUGAAAAAAAGUAUUUGAACUGAAACUAUGGUUCGGUGGCUGCUUCAAUUCACUAUCUACAACAGUUUAGUUUUCAGAAAGAGGUUGAGAAAAAAAGCGAUAUGAUCAAAAUUGUCUCUCUGACGAUAAGGCUGUUUACAUGUUACAUGUUAGAUUUUAGAACUCAUUCCGACUCACUUUUAACACGACAUAAUGUUUUUUUUCUGUUUGUAUUGAAUUUUCCUCUUAUUCAUCAAUUUUUUAAGUUUUCUUUUUGAGGACACGAGACGAAGGUGAUGAUGAACAACGGACGAGCUCCACGAAAAGUUUCUGGAAUUGAGCGUCUAACUAAUCGGUUUGAUUUAUUGGAGAAAAGCUAAUUUUUUGCAUGCUCUUUUGUUCAAUUUCAGUUUCAUUAUCAUCUGCUUCAUUUUGUUGCUUGGUAUGGUGACGGCGGGUGCCAUUUCCUCUGCUUUUUGGGUGGCAAACCACGAUCCCGACAAGGUUACUUGAACCUCCCGAUCACUUCAUAAAUUUCAUUCUUAGGUGCCUUUCAUCGUUUGGAACAUUCCCAAGCCGGUCAUCGAAGGCUUUAUAAAUGUCGGCUCUUUUUUUAUUUGCUAUCAGGUAUUUAAUCUCAAAGUUUUCUUCGAAGCUUCGAUGAAUCAGGUUCUCGUGCCGAUAUCGCUUUACAUCACGGUUGAGCUGAUAAAAGCCGCCCAAAUUUAUUUCAUCAGUGAAGAUAUUGAACUUUACGAUGAGCAAUCGGUAUUUCCCAAAAUAGCUUGAUCGAGUCGAAAAUUAUUUCUUCAGGACCGAACUAUCGAUUGCCAUUCACUGAGCAUUCCAGAAGAGCUCGGCACCGUCACGCAUGUUUUGUCGGAUAAAACGGGCACUCUCACGGAAAAUGUGAUGAUUUUUCGCCAAUGUGCUUUUGAUAGUACUGAUUACGGAGCUGAGGAGGGACUCGUGAGUGGCAGUUUCCGGACUGAGAUGCAUUUCCUUCUAGGAGAUCGAUAAAAACAAGCCAGUCCGCUCUGAAGCCUUGUACAGACGGGUGACCGAGUCGAGCUGGAAUCCCUCGAUGAAGCAUUUUUUCGCCAACAUUCUUCUCAAUAAUUCCGUCGUGGUCAACAAAAUUCCCCAUCAGGAUGCUAUUGAGGUUCCCGGCAGAUUUUCGACAAUAGUACACAUUUCUUUCAGCUUGGCGCCUAUGAAGCAGGCGUUUACUUUCUCGGAAACUCGGCAUUUUACGAUAUAACAGAAGAACGAUACCUGGCGAAGCUGAAAGAAAUCAAACAAGUUCCACAAGAAGAGCGGCCUCAGAAGUGACUUGAAACUUUUGGGAUAUUGAAGAGUACAUCAUGUUUUAGCCUCUGUCUCUUUGAAUCAUUAGAAAACCUAUCGGCGAUACCCGAAGAAGAGCCGACGCCCAUGAGUCCGUCUGUUAUGAGUCGGUCCAUUCUAAAAACAAUUUUCGUUCAUUGAUGGACAUUUGAGGCAUACCUUCCCCCACGUCAACAUCUACACCCCUUUCUCGGACGAUGUCAUCAGUCACAUUCUUGUCGAAGAAGUUCACGACCGCCGUUCGGAGAAGCAUAAUCAGCCCCAUCACGAACUUGUUGGUUCAGUUUUUCUUGAUCUUAUUCGGGUCUUCUGCAUUUUCCAGAAUACCGACUAGAAGCAGAGCAAUCACAUUUCAUGAAAAAGAACAGUGUCCCUACGAAGCCGAGAGUCCCGAUGAACUGGCCCUGAUAGAAGGCGCCGCUCUCUACGAUUACGUGCUGGAAGAGCGCGGUGCCAACUUUGUGACGAUAUCGAAGCCUCGAGUUGGCAGGAAAAAGUGGGUAUAUAGUUUGUUUAGAUCUAUAUUUCCUUCUCUUGAGAUCUCUUUUGACUCGAUUCCUCUUCAAAGUAAUCUUUCCAGAUACGAACUAUUACUUACAUUGCCGUUUGACUCGAUCCGCAAAAGAAUGUCGGUGGUCGUCAAGACGAGGAAAGGUCCUUUGUUGUACUGCAAAGGAGCCGACUCUGCUAUUUUCGAUAGGUUACAAAUCAAAUUGAAUAAAAAGCUACCUUUUCUAAUUCAGCUAUAGAUUUGGUUCCGUUUUUUUAGACUUUCUGACUUCAGCAUAUGAAAAUUUUUUUUUGAGACUUCCUGACUUCAUCUUAUGAAAAAUUUUUUUAGACUCUGACUUCAUCUUAUGAAUUUUUAAAUCGCUUGAGAGAACUUUUUCAGAGAACUCUGAAAAAGUUCGCGGUGCAGGUCAAAAAAAGGCACCUGGACAAAAAAAUAAAAAAAUCACAGAUUGGUACGUCAAAAAGCCUUCAAAAAAUACUCACGAAAAGUUAGGAAAACUCAACGAAAAAUUUUUAUUAUUUUAAGGUUCAAAAGCAAUUUUAUUAUUAUAACCUUUUGAUUAAAAAACGACCCUUCUGAUUCAAAGUCCUACGUAAACCUGUACAACAGUAUUACGAAGUCCAACCUGUCCUGUUAAUUUAUAAAUAUGAAGCCAUUAAAAAUUGAACUAUAGCUCUAAAAAUGUAAAAACUAAUUUUUGACUUAAUUAUAGUUUGUAGUGACCUAUAAUCAAAAUGCUUGAUUGAAAUCAAGUAUUUCAUUACAGUUUAUUUGUAGAAUUAAUCUAGUUUGGAAAGAUUUCAGACUGGAAGAGGGUGACGAGGAAAACUUGGAACGUGUCUCAAACAUCAAGGAAAAACUUCACUCCUAUUCCAAAAAAGGACUAAGAACGCUGUGUUUUGCGAUGCGCUACCUUUCUGUGGACGAGUUCCUGGAUUUCGAGCAAUCCUAUCGAUUCGUCAUGGAAGACGCGUCCCCCGAACGAGAGGAAAUGCUCUCUGAAAAGGCUUCCGAGAUUGAGAAAGACUUGAUUCUCUUGGGCGUCACGGGUAUCGAGGACCGCUUGCAGGUUAAUUACGCUCUUUUUUUUUAAUGUUCUCAUUUUUCGUUUUUAUUUUUUUCAGGAUGGGGUACCGGAAACACUGACUAAACUCAGAGAAGCUGGUAUUCAAAUUUGGGUUCUGACAGGCGAUAAACUGGAAACUGCUCAAAAUAUCGCAACGUCGUGUGGUUUGUUCCAACCGAACAGACCAGUGAGGUUAGUCUUAUGAAACGAACUGAAUCAAAUUGUUUCCAAUCGCAAAGUUAUGUUUUCUCGUUUUAGAGUCAUUGAAAAUGAAGAAGACGUUGAAGCUGCAGCAGAAGCGGAAGGGUGAAAAGAAAUUUUGAAUGAAAUUUCUCAUUUUUUUUUAUUCUAGGUGCAACCUCAUUUUAUCACCAGUAGUCAUUAAAAUGAUCCCGGAAGGAAAAGAAAUAUUGAUCACAACACUGAAGAAGUUUGCGCUCCGGUUUUUCAUAAUUAAUUCAAGUUUCAGGGCAAAAAGCGUUCUCUGCUAUCGUAUGACGCCCUCUGAAAAAGCCACAAUUGUGAAGGCAGUUAAGGAAAAGAUCAAAGUAUGAGAAUUGAAUGUAAAAAUUGCUGAGGAAAAUCCUAAGAAACAAAAAAAAAACGGCUGAACUAAAAAAAAACGGUUUUUGAUCUAUCUUGGAAUAGUACAAGAAAGGAUUUAUUCAACAGGAAAAAUAAAAAGCUUUUCGUUUACCUUUUUCUGCACACUAUUGACAACAGCUACGUUCGGUAGCCUAUUUCGCUGCAGAAAAGAACAUUUUUCUUUCGGAACUUUUCCUAUGUAUUUUUGUGAAAGUAGAAAAACCUUCAAGGAGCGUUUUGAAGGGGAAUGUUCUGGCCAUCGGAGACGGCGCCAAUGACGUCCCAAUGAUCCAGGCAGCUCAUGUCGGAAUUGGACUGGCCGGCAAAGAAGGCCUUCAGGUGCGAUCUAAUUCACAAGGGCGUUUUUCAAAAAGAGUUCAGUAGUGAAGAAAAUCAAGGCUUUUGGCGUCUUUAAGACUCCAAAAAUCCAAUAAAAGGAAAACAAUGAGAAAUUUUUCCUGUUGGAAUCAGGAUACUAUCUCCGCAGUUAUUGGUUUAGUAGCGACGAAUUCUCGAAGCUAGACUAUUUGAACUUCCCUCGUAAGCCUACUGAAACACUUACUUCUCAGGCCGCCAUGGCUUGCGAUUUCGCGAUCGCUCGUUUCCGGUUUCUCACGCGUCUCCUGCUGGUCCACGGUCACUGGUGCUACUACCGACUCUCCCUCAGCUUUCUCUACUUUCUUUACAAAAACACGGUAGUCUUGUGCAAAUUUCCUUCACACUUCCAACUUCAGAACUGUGUCUUCAUCCUCUUUUUCUAUCAAUUUUAUGAUGGAUACUCUGGAACGAAUGUCAUGGACCCACUUUGGGGCUUGUUGUACCCAAUUAUUUUUAGCAGGUUUUGCGUGAUGUAUUCUCUCGAAGUUUUUUAUUUUUACAGUGUUCAACCAAUUCUCGUGGGAGUGUGGGAUCAAGAUCGUUCAGAUUCUACUCUCUCCGAAAAUCCAUCCAUUUACGGAGCGGACAGAGUUUUUCUACUAUCAAAAGGUCUUCACGCUUUUCGAUUUUCAGGGGCAGCUUUACACGACCAAACUGUUUUUUUUCGCUGUUUUGGACGGGAUUUACCAAGCUGCAGUCAUUUACUACGUUGCUCAUAUGGUUAGUUCAAAUUAACUUACAAAGAAAGCACAUAUUCAAGAAUCUGAUUCACCUGGAUCACAGCAAUAGGAUAAAUGUGUAAUUCGGUUCAAAAAACCGGUGGAAAAUAACUUUUUGGGCUGCCAUCCUUUUUUCCAGAGCAUCUAGCAAUGGAUAAUCUUAUAGUCCUGCUCCGAUUUUGAAUGUCAAUCACAAUGACGUCUUUCUUAAACACUCUGUGGACGAAUCGUUCUCUAAUUUGGUUCGCGCCAUUAAGGGCGGAGCUUGAGCUAUGGAUUGACAUUAAAAAAUUUGAACAGAAAGUGGUGUGAAGUUUUUGAUCCUUUUUUUUCACCAAAAAACGUCUUGAAGAUCUGCAUAAAAACUUUUUCAAAUAAGGGAGGCUAAAAAAAGGUUACUAUUUGGAGAAAAAAGCUCCUAUAGGGGUUAUAAAGUGCUUCCUAGAGAGGAAAGUUCAAGGACCCCUUAGGAUGCUCCUAUAGGCAGCCCUCCGAAGCUCCUAAAUUGUAUCAAUCAUUGCAGACGGUUGCCAACACAGAUGCGAGCGUUUGGGAAAUCGGUUUCUACAUUGACAAUUCUAUGAUGAUUGUCAAUUGCUUCCAUCUCGCACUGGUCGUCCGUUAUUGGGUUGUUCAUUUUUUUUCUGAACUUUAUAUGAAUUUUGUAUUUUAGAAUUGGCCUCUUGUUGUUAUCUUUAUUUUUUUCAUUUUUUUCAACUUUGGAUUCUUCUUCGCUUACAGUGCCAUUCUUCUACCUGGUGAGAGCCGAAAAUCUGAAUUUUCAAAAAAAAAAAGUGGAUCUCAGGAACUGUGCCAGACACGCCUACGGGUAUUCCAGGCAAACUUAUGUGCACAGCUUCGUUUUGGCUCGCAGAAGUUAUCACAGUUAUUUUCGCUCUUUUCCCCAGGUAUUUUCCAAAAAAUUUUAGCAGUCUUCUUUAUUAUUUUUAUGCGUGUUUUUAUUAGAACUACUUAGGCCGCAGAAAAAAAAAAUCCCGCCUUAUAUUUUCUCGAAAAUUAAUAAGACUUAUAGGGGUGAAAGCCUUGUGAAUGGGAAAAAUUCCAAAUUCAUAACUUCAUCUCGGAAAUGGGAUGUUUUUGAACAUUCCUAGAGACCACUUAGCAGUGCUGCCGCUACUAGAGUGGUCACUACACUAAGAAUAACUGCCGAGAACGCGAGACGCUGGCGGUACAUUGACGAGCUCGCAAAAAUAUCGCUUUUUUUUCUCGCCCCGGUCUCGCACUUUUCCAGGCGCGAGCUCGCAUUUCUCUUGAAAGUUUUCUGAAGUGCAAGAUAAAUGCGAGGUCGCGCCUAGAAAAAAGCGACAUGUUUGCGAGUUCGUCAAUGUACCGCCACCGACCUCGCGUUUAUCUCGUCAGUUAUUCUUAGUGUAGGAACGCCACGACACGUCCGAUUCGCGUCCGUUCCGCGUAACCAAUGUCUGAGAUCUAAGAAAGCCAUUCUUAAACAUUUGCUUUUUGUCCAUAAGACAUAAGUUCAGUAUUCUUUCGGCUCAUUAGUAAUAAAACUUGAGCAGAAAUUUUUGAUUUUUUUUCGUAACUUGUCUUGAGCUCUUUCUCAAGAUUUCUGAACCUUCUCAGACCAGGUGAAAGGAAUAUUUUUAGAUUCGCAAUACUCUCCAUUGCCAACUUCCGACGAUCUCAUUCUAAACCACGGGUGAACAAUUUUUAA